AUGGCCGCCAAAAUAACCCGAUCUCAAAUAAACACAGACGUAGAGAGCCUUGUUAAGUUUUACAAUGUAACAGAAAAAUAUAAAAAUAGCCAGAAAUCUUCAAACGGAAAGAUAAUCCCUUUCGAAUAUAUUGAUAAAUCAUUCUACAAACAAAAAGGAAACUGUGCCAGCUUUAUAACCUCAAAUACAAGAAUUCAUGCUUGGAUAUCUGCUUUCGGAGAUAUUAUUUACAACAAGAAAGGCAAUGGUUAUGAUGUCACAUGGAUUGAUAAGAAAUCUGAAAAUGAGAAAAUUAUUCAAACCGAAUUUGUUGUAUCUAAUAAAGGAAGCUCAAUAGACUCUGAUGAUGACUUUCUUUACAAAAUCAUCAUAUAUCUUACAACUGGGAAAAUUUUAAUCCAAGGUAAAGAUUGGGAAUCAUUUUGUGAUAACAAAUUUCAAACCUGUAAACAACUGGUCGAUAAUCUUAUUAGCAAACUAGACAAAAAAGAAAAUGACAACUGUGUAAGUGUCACCUCAAAUGACACCAAUACUUCAAAUGACACCAAUACUGACAUGACUGAAGAAACUAAUCCAAAAAUACUUCUUUCCAGUCCAUUAACAAAUUCAGAGAAAGAUAAUGAAAAUCAUGAGACCGAAAAUAAGGAUAAAACACUGAAUAAAAGUGAGAAACAUGGUCCCGUUACAAAUGCUACAAAUAAAGAUGAAAAUAAUAUAAAUUUACCAGAACCGGUUGAUUCAAAUGCAGUCCUAAUGAUUAACAACAGGUUAGACAUUUUUGAAGAAUCUUUAGUCAAAAUCACUUCAACUCUGGCCAACACAAUAGACAUUUUAGGAAUAAAUCAUACAGAUACUCUGCAGGAACUUCGAAAAAUCAAAAAAUCAAAAGGUUCAUCUGAGACACUCCAACCUGAAAUAAAACUAUUUGAAAAUCAAAUAAAAGAAAAAGAUGAUAUGAUUAGAUCAUUAAGAAAAGAAGUUCAACAACUUAAUGAAUUACAAGAGAGAAACCAAAAGAAGUAUGCAAAAGAACUUGAAAACACAAAAACUGAACACCAAAAUCAGAUCAGUGUAAUCAGAGAAGAAAAAAUUCAAUCAAACAUUGAAACUGAGAAACUUUCCCUAAAACUUGAACAGAUACAAAAUGAUAAAGACAACUUGAAAAUGGCCUUCAAAGAGCGGAUAGACGACAAAGACAAAUCAAUUCACAACCUUCAAGAAAGAAUUCAGUCAUUUCUGUAUGAUCGUGACGGAGAGCCAUGGAAAAAACAAACACAAAGGGUAUCUCAAGAUAACAACUCUUCCUUCAACAAUGAUCAACAAGAAGAAAACUUGGCAUCUAAUCUUGAUCUAACAGCUGAACCCCAAAACAGCUCUGACAGAAUGUAUCACACAACUGAUGAGAACCAGAACUCAAUCCAACAACAUUUAGAUUUAAACAAAAGUAAUUCACAAAAUAACAAGAAUGAUGGGGACAUACCCUAUACAACAACAAAAUCUGCAGUCAAUGGUGCAUAUUUGAAUAAUGCAAAACUCGAUACUAUUUUUUAUCACGAUUCUAUUGGCCACAAGGUAGACAUUAAAAGAUUGUUAGCAGGCUCUGGACAAUCAGGUCUCAAACAAACAACAUACAGAAUAGAAAACGUUAUUGAAGUAUUAGAGGAUAUUUCUUCCGCAAGAUCAAUUAUUAUACAUGGCGGAAUUAAUGACAUCAAAGUGAGAGAUGAUUCGGCUGAAGAUAUAUUCCCUAGAUAUGAAGAAAUGGUAAACAAAGCUUUAGGUAAAGCAAAUAGUGUUGUGCUUUCUUUAGUUAUCCCAACUAAAUACACCUCGUUAAACAGAAAGAGUGGAGCAUUGAAUGCAAUGAUAAAGUUUAAAUUUGCAACAACACCUAAACUACUGAUAUGUGAAAAUAAUAAUUUCACAGCUGACAAUGGAGAUAUUAUGGAAAAUUUGUACACUGACUCCAUUCGUUUGUCUAUAUAUCAAGGCACUGGGGUUCUUGCUGGAAAUAUAAGAAAAACCAUGUUUCCACAAAGGCAAUCAGAGACCAAGAGAGUGAGUCAGUCUGAUCACAGUACAAACUAUAGAGGACGUACCAAGUACAAUUACAACCACAGAUUCAGCAAUACAGGCUACAAUAAAAGUCACCAAUACAAGGGUGAUAACACUAGGAGACCAUUGUAUAACAAUAAUUGGUAUACUCAAGAUGAUAAGACAGAACUUAACCAUUACAGAAAUGAUAGUACAAGAAAAUCAUUUGAUUACAACAAUUCAUACAAUACUGAUGGAGAAGUUAACUACUACAGAAAUUAUGACAACAGUACAUCUCAAUACAACCAAUCAGACAGACAUGAAAUGGAUAGAGACCUUAGCCAAAGUCAGAUUUCUGACUUAGCGACCAGUAUUGCAUCUGCAUUUGCAAAUGUAUUUAAAUGUCAUUAA